AUGAGUGGCGAAACGACUAUUUUUAGUUGGAGAGAAAGAGAUGAGAUGUAUGGACUUGGCGAAGUUAUCAAUCUCAUUUUUAUUUCUAAAUACCAAAGGUUGCUUAUUCGUUUUCAAUACAAUAUGUACGGAAGUAAUCCCUUCGCUGGUGGCUUUGGAGAAUUAGCCUCGGAUUUUGCCAUCAACAGUCUCGUACCUGGUGGAUUGAACAGUCCAAUGGGAAUGAUUGUUGACAAUAUGUUCGGCGGAAAUCCAAAUGGUGGAUUUGGAAUGGGCGGUGGAAUGGGUGGAAACUUUGGAAUGGGUGGUGGAUUUGGAGGCCAUCAGCCCUAUGGCGGAGGUUUCGGUGGAGGUUAUAAUGGUGGUUAUGGAGUUAUCAAUGCGAAAAAUCCAAUUCUCGUCGAACUCGCCGUGCUGCAAACGGUGAAGUUAUCUUGUGAAACCGAACAUUUGACCUGCGAUCCAUUUUGGAAGAUGCCGUCGGAAGAUCAAGGAACAAAUUUUAUGUAUGCUAAUACGAAUACGUUGAUCAAUGGAAAUCAAAAUCGUAGUGUUUGUGUUUUGUUUCCUGCGAAGAAAUUUAUUGAUGAAAAGAUUUCGUUUUUUGCAAUGGCGAUUCAUAAUGAAACACUUGAGAAUGUUUUGGGAAGAUAUGAAGAUUAUGAUAAUCUUCACAUUCCAAUUUAUUCUACGAUGGAUUACUUCAUCAGAUUUGUUUGA